UGGAUUAAUUUUAUCCUUGAAGGUUGAGGAGAUGGCUGGUGUUCGGGAGAUAACAGCUGGUGAAUUUAUAAAAAGUGGCCACAAACAAGGCCUGUUUUCUAAUAGAGGUCCUUUGAGAGGAAGAAGCCCUAUGCUUUGGGGCACACUGCAGAGUUCCGUGCGGAGUCCUGCUAAUAAGAGAAAUGCUUUAUUGAGAUGCCAUGCUCAGGAGAAGCCCGCAGCUGUUGUUUCGGCUGUGAGCAGUUCGGUAGAGGCGCUUCCAAGUGUGGUCGAGAAGCCUUCAUCCUCGGUUAUUCAUUUUUAUCGUGUACCUCUCAUUCAGGAGAGUGCAACUUCGGAGCUUCUCAAAAGCGUUCAGUCAAAGAUUUCGAGCCAGAUAGUUGGUUUGAAAACGGAGCAGUGUUUCAACAUUGGGCUCCAUUCACAGCUUUCUAGUGAUCAGCUUUCAGUACUUAAGUGGCUUCUUCAGGAGACUUAUGAGCCGGAGAAUUUGGGGGUCGACAGCUUUCUUGAAAUGAAAAGUCAGGAAGGACUGGACACAGUUAUUGUUGAGGUUGGUCCUCGGUUGUCAUUUACAACAGCGUGGUCGUCCAAUGCUGUCUCAAUAUGUAAAGCUUGUGGUUUGACAGAGGUGACUCGUUUGGAACGGUCAAGGAGAUACUUGUUGUUUAGUAAGGGGAAGUUGCAGGAUCAACAGAUUAAUGAGUUUGCUGCAAUGGUUCAUGAUCGGAUGACUGAGUGUGUUUACACCCAACAGCUCACUUCCUUUGAAACUAGUGUGGUUCCUGACAAAGUACGCUACAUUCCUGUCAUGGAGAGAGGCCGGAAGGCAUUAGAGGAGAUUAAUCAGGAAAUGGGUUUGGCAUUUGAUGAGCAAGAUCUCCAAUACUAUACCAGGCUAUUCAAGGAAGAAAUCAAGCGGAAUCCAACCACAGUUGAACUCUUUGAUAUUGCACAGUCCAACAGUGAACAUAGCAGGCACUGGUUUUUUACUGGUAAAAUUUUCAUAGAUGGACAACCUAUGGACAAAACACUGAUGCAGAUUGUGAAGAGCACUUUGCUAGCAAACCCAAAUAAUUCUGUCAUUGGGUUCAAGGACAACUCAAGUGCAAUCAGGGGAUUUCUAGUGAACCAAUUGCGACCAGUUCAGCCAGGUUCAACAUCUGCGUUGGAAAUGUCAGCACGCGACCUUGAUAUAUUAUUUACCGCAGAGACCCAUAAUUUUCCAUGUGCUGUAGCACCUUACCCUGGUGCAGAGACAGGUGCAGGAGGUAGAAUCAGGGACACACAUGCAACUGGAAGGGGGUCUUUUGUGGUAGCAUCUACUGCUGGUUAUUGUGUCGGGAAUCUUAAUAUGGAAGGGUCUUAUGCUCCCUGGGAAGAUUCUUCUUUCAUGUAUCCAUCAAAUUUGGCCUCACCUUUGCAGAUCCUCAUAGAUGCUAGUAAUGGUGCAUCAGACUAUGGCAACAAAUUUGGUGAGCCCUUGAUUCAGGGUUACACUAGAACCUUUGGAAUGAGACUACCAAGUGGUGAGAGGCGGGAAUGGUUGAAGCCAAUCAUGUUCAGUGCAGGAAUUGGCCAAAUUGAUCACACACAUAUAACAAAAGGUGAGCCUGAUAUCGGUAUGCUGGUUGUAAAGAUUGGAGGCCCUGCUUACCGUAUUGGUAUGGGUGGUGGGGCAGCGUCGAGCAUGGUUAGUGGUCAAAAUGAUGCGGAGCUUGAUUUCAAUGCCGUACAGCGUGGAGAUGCAGAGAUGGCACAAAAAUUGUAUCGUGUUGUUCGUGCCUGCAUUGAGAUGGGAGAGGGUAACCCAAUCAUUAGCAUUCAUGACCAAGGAGCUGGUGGAAACUGCAAUGUGGUUAAGGAAAUUAUUUACCCAAAAGGUGGUGAGAUUGAUAUCAGGGCAAUUGUGGUUGGUGAUUACACAAUGUCUGUUUUGGAGAUAUGGGGUGCAGAAUAUCAGGAACAAGAUGCCAUCUUGGUUAAGCCUGAAAGUCGCGAACUUUUACGAGCAAUAUGUGAAAGAGAAAGGUGUUCUAUGGCUGUUAUUGGAACAAUUAAUGGUGAGGGACGUAUUGUUUUAAUUGAUAGCUUAGCUAUUGAAAAAUCUAAAUCAAGUGGCCUCCCUCCCCCUGAUCCUGCUGUCAAUUUGGAGCUUGAGAAAGUACUUGGUGAUAUGCCACAAAAAAGCUUCGAGUUUCAGCGGAUGGCUGAUGCACGAGAGCCACUUGAUAUUGCCCCUGGAAUUACUGUAAUGGAUGCUCUUAAGAGAGUUUUAAGACUUCCAUCCAUCUGUUCGAAGCGCUUCUUGACAUCUAAAGUAGACAGGUGUGUCACAGGUCUGGUAGCUCAGCAGCAAACUGUUGGGCCCCUGCAGAUUCCUCUCUCUGAUGUUGCAGUAAUUGCUCAGACUUUUACUGGCUUGACUGGAGGUGCAUGUGCAAUUGGGGAGCAGCCAAUCAAAGGUUUGUUGGAUCCAAAAGCAAUGGCGAGAUUGGCAGUCGGAGAAGCACUCACAAAUCUUGUUUGGGCAAAGGUCACUUCUCUGUCUGAUGUUAAAGCAAGUGGGAAUUGGAUGUAUGCUGCCAAGCUUGAUGGUGAAGGAGCAGCUAUGUAUGAUGCUGCUAGUGCUCUUUCAGAUGCAAUGAUCACACUUGGAAUUGCUAUUGAUGGUGGAAAGGACAGUCUUUCCAUGGCAGCGCACUCUGCAGGAGAGGUUGUUAAGGCUCCUGGAAAUCUUGUAAUCAGUGUUUAUUGUACUUGUCCUGACAUAACAAAAACAGUAACCCCAGAUUUGAAGCUUGGAGAUGAUGGUGUUCUGCUUCACCUUGAUUUGGCGGCAGGAAAGCAGCGAUUAGGUGGCUCUGCUCUUGCUCAGGUCUUUGACCAAAUUGGGAACGAUUGUCCUGACCUUGAGGAUGUUCCGUAUCUGAAGCGAGUGUUUGAGGGGGUCCAGGGCCUUCUGGAUGAUGAACUGAUCUCUGCUGGCCAUGAUAUCAGUGAUGGUGGGCUUCUGGUCUGUGCCCUUGAGAUGGCAUUUGCUGGAAAUUGUGGCAUUGAUUUGGACUUGACUUCUCACGGGAAGAGCCUCUUCCAAACAAUCUUUUCCGAAGAGCUUGGUCUGAUUAUUGAGGUCAGCAAGAAGAACUUAGAUUUGAUAAUGGAAAAGCUAAGCAGCGGAGGUAUUUCAGCAGAGAUUAUUGGAAAGGUAACUGCCACACCUUCAAUAGAAUUAAAGGUGGAUGGGAUAACUCAUUUGAAUGAAAGUACUUCUUUGGUAAGGGACAUGUGGGAGGACACUAGUUUUCAACUGGAAAAGCUUCAGAGAUUGGCUUCUUGUGUUGAUCUAGAGAAAGAAGGGUUGAAAGAUAGGCAUGAGCCUUUGUGGCAGUUGUCUUUUACUCCGUCCUUCACAGAUGAAAAGUAUAUGACCACAACCUCCAAACCUAAAGUGGCUGUUAUUCGGGAAGAAGGAAGCAAUGGGGAUAGAGAAAUGGCUGCGGCAUUUUAUGCCGCUGGCUUUGAGCCAUGGGAUAUUACAAUGUCAGACCUUCUUAAUGGGGCAGUAUCACUGCAAGAGUUCCGUGGAAUUGUAUUUGUUGGAGGUUUUAGCUACGCGGAUGUCCUUGAUUCUGCAAAAGGUUGGUCUGCUUCAAUUAGAUUUAAUCAACCCCUUCUAAAUCAAUUUCAGGAGUUUUACAAGAGGCAUGACACCUUCAGUCUUGGCGUUUGCAAUGGGUGUCAGCUUAUGGCUCUUUUGGGUUGGGUCCCAGGUCCUCAAGUUGGGGGUGUGCAUGGUGGUGGUGGGGAUCCAUCACAGCCAAGGUUCAUUCACAAUGAAUCGGGACGGUUUGAGUGUCGCUUUACUAGUGUAAAAAUUAAGGACUCUCCAUCUAUUAUGUUAAAAGGAAUGGAAGGCAGUACCUUGGGCGUGUGGGCUGCCCAUGGGGAGGGAAGAGCCUAUUUCCCAGAUGAUGGUGUUUUUGAUCGUGUGCUCCACUCCAAGUUAGCUCCAGUACGAUAUUGUGAUGAUGAUGGGAUUGAAACGGAGCUUUAUCCCUUCAACCUAAAUGGCUCUCCGUUGGGAGUUGCAGCAGUUUGUUCACCAGAUGGGAGGCAUCUUGCCAUGAUGCCUCAUCCAGAGCGCUGCUUCUUAAUGUGGCAGUACCCAUGGUAUCCCAAGCAAUGGGAUGUCGAAAAAAAAGGCCCUAGUCCAUGGCUACGGAUGUUCCAGAAUGCCAGAGAGUGGUGUUCCGAAAAUGAUGCCUGAACAGACUGGCUGAUGUGAGCAAUCUCAUAGACGACUUGAAAAUUGAAACCUUGAAGCCCAGAGCUGGAAAAGUAUGCCCUUCUUUUGCUACCUGAAGUGUGGUCAGACAACAACACAUUGAGCAUUUCCUAUAGGUAUGUCCAGCAAGACAACUACACAGAAUUGGGCAAUUCUGCUAUAAUACACAUUUACACAGGCCCCUGAUGAUUUCCGACUCAAAGUUUCACUUGGUAAAACUUGCUUACCAAGCCCGCCCUUGUUUUUCUUUCCCUGAUUUUGACUUGUCUCUGUUGUAGUUAAUAAAAUUAGAUAGAGAUUUUGAGUUCUGCAAUGCUAUCUGUGUGCUUUGCA